AUGGGGAAAGCUGAUCCAUAUGUUGUUCUCUCGAUGAAAAAAUCAGGUGCCAAGAGCAAAACUCGGGUCGUCAAUGACAGCUUGAACCCGGUUUGGAACCAGACUUUUGAUUUUGUAGUUGAAGACGGGUUACACGAUAUGCUAGUCCUUGAAGUUUGGGACCACGACACCUUUGGAAAGGACUACAUUGGGAGAUGCAUCUUGACGUUGACAAGGGUUAUAAUGGAAGAGGAAUACAAAGACUGGUACCCAUUAGACGAGUCCAAAGCGGGCAAGCUUCAGUUGCAUCUUAAGUGGAUGGCUCAGUCAAUUUAUCGCGAUUCCUAAGCUUAAACGGAAGAUUCUCAACUUCGAAUGUACAUUUUGUCUAGUAGCCUCAAAAAGAUUUGUUUUGUCAAACAGAGGAGACUCGAACAGAGAGACGAGUCUCCAUGUAUCCCUGAAGCUAUGGACUCGAAUAUGAGUUUUCCUCGUUUUCCGAAAACCCUAGACAAUAUUUGUGUUACUUUGCUUCAUAAGGGGUUUGGUUUCGCGUGCAUCACAAUCACAAUCCUUAUUAAUUUCCCACCUUUUACCA